AUGGCGUUAAGCAGACUCCUGCUGCUCUGUAUGAUAGCCUCUGAGGUGUGGGAUGCUGAGACCAAACCCAUAGAAUUUGUGUGUAAUAAAGGCGCCAGGAGGGCUAUGAAUAUAGUGGCCGAGAUGAAGAGUGCACUGAGUGACUGUAAUGACUCCACGACCCUCUCCACGGCGGUUCAGCUACCCUGCACCGAGCUUCACGUAGCAUCCUGGGAAAACAAAUCACACCAGGAGAAGAGAGGAGACAUAGUUGCAUCCUUGAGGCUUCUGACUGAAAGUGUGAAGGCUGUGAGGGCCCAGAGCCAGCCAGGAUGUGCCGCUUCGCUACUGCAGAGACUGGAGAACAACAUCAACAACUACCUGCUCAUUCUCACACACCUUCAGCUAAGUCAGGGGCCAGUGGUGAGCCCAGCACUGACUUGUGUUCCUCGAAGCACCCAGAGUCUGAGCACAGUCCUGCUGAACUACAAUCAUCUGAUCUCAGGCAAACUGGAGCGGUUCAUGGUUGACCUGGAAGACAGAUGCACUUCCCAGUGA